AACAAGCCCGGGCUACUUAACAAAUCAUUAAAGUAUAUAAUAUAACUAAUUAAAUUGUACAAUAUGUUUAGGUCACAGAUCACGUGGGCGAAAGACCCAAGUUCAAGAGGCGGUGUUUCAGAGACCUUUCACAUGAUGCACGGGCCACGAAGACCCUAUAAAUACAAUCCAUGGAUGGUCUUGCCGACUAACAACCUGAAUCCGUGAGCUCAGUUGACGGAUCCCUUCACUCGUAUUCCCCUCUCUUGUCGCAGCCGGCCUUCCGGCCGGUCAUGGCCGUGGAAGUCGCCGGAACCCUUUUGCAUUGGUCGCAGCCGCCGCUUCUGUCUGCCGGCCAUCUCUCAAGUAAAGCCCUAUCCUUCGUCUUCUCAAUAAACGCCAUCGGGCGACCCGUUGCGCAUCACAUAGGUCAUAAGUCAAGCUUUCUUGGAACUACCAUUGCUCAGCGUUCUCAUCAAAGAGGAAGCACGGGGGAACAGAGAAGCAGGGAUCGAGUUUCUCCCAGCGCUAGCAUCGAUGGAUUUGGAUUCGUGGUUGACGGCAUGGACGACGACGACGACGAAUUUGUGAAGAUGGAAGCUGAUCAGUGUCGAAUGAAUCAAAACGAAGAGUUAAGUAACAGAGGUGGUGACUCUGAACCGUCUUUCUCCCCAGCUUCCGACCCAGUGUGCCCUUCUCUGCUUUCUAUUACCUCAGAAGCACGAUCGGCAGGGCCCAAACCAGAGAUGGAGGGCGAUGGAUUUGAGCCGAAUAAGGUUGAGCCAAUUAGAAACAAUUGCUUCCAUCUUCCGCUAUCGCUCCGGAUUUUGAAGCAGAAGAAGAAACAGGGGGAAUCGGCGGAUGUGCUAGACUCCGCAUACUCCUCUGUGAAGAAGGCCUUCUCCUCAAUGGUAUUCAUCGUGCGGGAACUCCAGAGCCACACCAUUCGGAUGCGGGAAGCCCUCUUCUUCUCAUCCAACCUCCAGAUCCAGGGGAUCCUCGCUAGGGUUCAUGACGAGAUACACGCCUCUUUCGUUUGGCUUUUCCAGCGCAUCUUCUCCACAACCCCCACCCUAAUGGUCUAUCUCAUGCUCCUUCUUGCCAAUUUCACUAUCUUCUCUAUCACCGACUACCCAGCCAACGCCGAACCCCCGACUCAAUCUGUCUCCACCGCCAUCGAAGAAUCCGGAAACCCUUCCACCCGACUCGAUUCCUCAGCAGUGAAAUCAUUCUCCGUCGGCCGAUCGGCCUCCGUCGGGGGUAGCGGCGGCGGGGGAGGUGGAAAGAAAGCGCAGGCUAUCGCCGGCGCAGAUGACGAUGGUCAGUGGAAUCGAUCUUCGACUUCUCUUCAUAACGGCAGCUGUGAAGUAGUAUCGACGGCUUCCGCGAAGGGACAAGAUGAUGAAAAAGCGUGGAAGGGGAUCUUGGAGGAGGUGGAACGCAUUCAGGCGAGCGGUCGGCAUGAGGUGCUCACGGAUCGUGAAACAUUGCGGUUGUUCGCAUCGCCUGUUAGGGUUGAUCUUGAGCCGGAGGAUUUAUCGGCAUACGCGGCGACGGAGUUCUCGUACCGGCGAGCUCUCGCCGAGGGGCUCGAUGACCCUCUCAUUCUCUCUAAUUUCGCCCAGUUUCUCUUCGUUGUCCUCCGAGACCACGACAGGGCGGAGGAGUAUUUUAAGAGGGCGGCUGCGGCGGUGCCGGCGGACCCGGAGGCAUUAAGUCGGUACGCGAACUUCUUGUGGUUGGCGAGGAAGGAUUUGGGGGCGGCGGAGGAGACCUUCCUGGAAGCCAUCGAGGCAGAUCCAGGUAACAGCUAUCACUCAGCUAACUACGCCCACUUUUUGUGGAACACGGGAGGCGAGGAGACCUGCUAUCCUCUGGAUUCAUGUGAUUCAUAAAAACUUUUGUUUUCACCACCACUUAAGUCUUUUAUGGCAAUAAAUGGAAAUAUCACUUUGAAAAGUAAUUGCUGUACCUUCGCUGUCUCUCUCUCUCUCUCUCUU